AGCCACUCCCUCAGCAGAAGAGAAACAGAAACCAAAACGGCAAAACAGCUGUACUUGGACAUACGUGGCAAGAUGGGGGCGAUUUACAACCUACUUGAGAAGCACAGAUUGGAGUCUUACUACAACGGGUUUCUACAGUUAGGCCUGAAGGAUGAGAGAGAUUUCCUUGAUAGCAUAUCAGAUGAAGACUUAAACAGCCUUGGAUUCAGUCAAAUGGAAAAGACUCGUUUUUCUACCAUGAAAAAAAACAUUAGCAGAUUCAGAGCUCGGGAACACUCAGCUGCAACACCAGUGCAGAAGUCAACGGGGGCAUUCUCUCUGCUGUACACAUAUCCAAAAUGUCCAGAACCGAAAUGCAUCAAAGAUAUGGAUCCUGCACAAAACACAGUUGAGGAUCUGAUGUUGAGGAUAUGUCACCUUGAAAGUAUGGAAUCUUCCAAAGGUGUGUGUCUGUACACAGUGGAUGGCAUGCCCCUGACAGAUGAUCCCUUCUUCAACACAUGGUCUUUACAAGACAGAUACAUUAAGAGUGGAGAUGUUAUCUAUGCUAUAUUUACACCAAAGGAGAACCUGAUAACAGCUCCUGUAAAUUCUGAGCAUCAGAUAACUGAAACCCAUGGGAAGGACACAGUUCGGUGUCACAUCAUGCUCAAGGGAGACUUCGAGGUGAUGGUGGACUUGGCAAGUGACACUAUAGCUAAACUGAAGCACAAGCUUGCAAAUGAAAGUGGAAUUCCAGCUCAUGUUCUUCAUUACAAAGGUGACACUGGGAGUGGCAACACUUUGGAAAGUCGUGGAAUCUCAGAGGAGUCAACAGUGCACUUCUCACUUUCUUCAUUUUCUGGGGACACUCCAGACCCCAAGGAAUUCUUCACUGAUACUGUUGUGCCUUCAGUGCAACAAACCCCCAAAGGAAUGAGUGUCUUCCUGUCAUCACUGUAUACCACUAAAUACACGCCUCUAGUGGUUUCACACAAGAAAUUGAUUGGCUACAUACGAAAACUAACGGGAUGUCACCCUCUGGCCCAAAGUUUGAAUCAGUUACUCUGUAAGAAUGAAAUCUUAUCAAGGACUCAAAAGAUUGCAGUGGUUGAAGGCUUGUACACUCUCUUUAGAGAGAUUCUGCCAAAGCUUGGAACAAACUACGGGGAUAAGAUCAUUGAGGACCUUGAUGUCUUUGAGUACUCAACAUACUGCUGGGCAUAUCUCUUGUCAGAAGCAAAGAAAGACACAUCAGAAUAUGAGGACUUUGCACCAUAUUCUCUGUUUUCUGAAAACGGUAGCCGUUUCCGUGAACCAGUCAAUGUGCCAGGAAUACCAGGUGCACUGGAGAGAGCAGAUGUGCUGCAGAAAAUCAAAGAUGGAGAAAAGAUUCCAAACUGCACCGAAGAGGUUUUGAAAGAAACAUCACUCAAGAGAGCCACUGACUUGGAGAAAAUUUUGCUCAGUGUUCAUCCUUCAGUUACAACAUACUAUCUUUGGAUCUUUCAUCACAGCAUGACUUGUCAGAACUUUUGUAUAAAUACUGAGAAGUCAUUUGGAAGCCUGGCCGAGGAGAUGAAAGAUUUCCCUCAUCUCAGAGUGACUCCACCACUGCUAUUGAAAAACCUAGGAUGUGAAGGCCCACGUCUUGUGUUCCUAAAUGAAGGCAAUCUUGGUGUUUAUCUUUAUAAAAAUAAGUCAAUGCCAGAAAUAAUUAUGGUAUAUGAUUGUUUGUCUGGCAAAGUCAACAAUGUGGAUGUGAACGUACUGGCAGCUACUACCGCUGACCAUAGGGAUGACCAUUCAUUUGACACAACCAGGACUCCAAAAGAGGCAAUACUGGUGCUGAUAGAUACAAGUUCAUCCAUGUCUGAGAAUUGCUAUGGAAGUGUGGAAAUCCAGAAAAUCCACGCCGUGAAACAGCUUUUUGAUAACUUUGCGACACGCAGCUUGGCUUAUGACUUCCAUCAUGUCAUUGGCCUUGUGAAAUUUGACUCUACAGUGACAACACUCCACACAUUUACAGAAACACUUGAGAAGUUUAAGGAAAAAGUGCACACUCUUGAAACAACUGGACGUACCAUGCUGUAUAAUGCCCUGCAACAUGGAAUGCUCGAGCUGGAAAAAGUGAAGAUGAAAUUUCCUGAGUGUAGACGUCGCAUUCUAUGUCUCACAGAUGGAAAUGACGUGGGAUCUUCAAACAAGCCAGAAGCUGUUGCAGUCAACCUGAUCAAAUCUAACAUCAUCGUGGAUUCAGUUCUUCUGGGUAAAGUGAAGAACAAUGUUCUCCAUGGAAUCAGUAUUGCAACAGGGGGUUGUUGCUUUAAACCAGAAACAAGUAAAGCUGGUCUCGAGCUUUUUGAGAUUGAGACUGUUCUGUCUUUGGAGAUGAGGAAACCCAAGAAGAAAGCUGACCCAUCCUCCAUAACUAAAACUUUUUUAACAGGGUUCUUUGCUACUCAUGGCUACGAUGAAUUUCCAGAAGCUGUCAUGCCAAGCGAGAUGAACAAGAAAGUGACAGUGACAGAAAGUGCACUGAAAAAGAAGCUCCAGGAGGCCAAAGAUGGGCGUUUUAUGGAGAAAGACAAACGCAUCCUGGAGGAGCUGAAGAGUCUGCAUUGUCACCCACAUCCCUACGUUAGCAUCUUUCCAUCUGAAUCCGACUUCACAUUCUGGAAGAUUCUCAUGGAGGGCCCUCCUGACACACCUUAUGAGAAUGGAGCCUUUGAGCUGUUCUGCCAGUUUGGUCCUGACUACCCAGUGAAGCCUCCAACUGUUCGUUUUGUCACUCGUAUUUACCACUGCAAUAUUAACAGCGUGGGCCGCAUCUGCCACAACAUAUUUGACCGCAAUUACAGUGCCCAAAUCACCAUGAGAGAUAUUCUUGAUGCUGUGUAUGGACUGCUGAUCAUCCCUGAGCCUCAAGAUCCAUUGGACAGCAUUCUGGCUGAGGAAUUCCUGACCAGCCAAAAGACAUAUGAACAACAGGCCAAAAAACAUACAGAGGAAAUUGCCGGGCAAUCAGCGGAUGAUCUUGAGAAGAAACUGAUGGAGGAGCCUGUGAAACCAUAUGUACCCCAGCAUCUCAUCUGUCCACUCACCAAGAAGAUAUUUGUUGAUCCUGUGAAAACAAAUCGCGGAACAGUGUACGAACGGAAGGCUAUCGAAAAGCACCUUAGAAAAUGCAGAUAUGACCCAUUGGCUGACCCACAGACUCUGCUCAGAAGAACUGAUUGUACGCCAGACAAUGACAUGAAGAAAAUGGUGACAGAAUACCGAAAGAAUCAAAUUCGGGAAACCAGUGUGUAACAAAAAGUUGUGCUGUGUAUGUCAGUUGUACUUAGAGUGAAUUCAAUGUGUCCAUGGGAGUAAUGAAAAUGAUGGAAAGAAGUUAUUCAUUUAUCACAUAGUAGAAUCACAGCUACAUGUUUGAGCAUUACUUAUUUUACUAAUACUUCAUUAUUAUGCAUUGAGUUAAUAUACAAGAAUGAUAUAAUUCUGACUCAAACUCAUUUUGCUAUGAAUGUUUGUUUAAUUGUGUUCUUUUAUUGUACCUAUAUGACAAACAUAAAUCUGACAACUUCACUUGUCGUCACUCACUAUCUUAGAUGUAGAAUCUAGUCUAAAACAUAACUGAAUAUAUAUUUUUUUAAUCAUAUAUAACUCUGUUUCUUUAUUGCAUUCACAUACUGCCAACUGGUCUUUCCUUAACAUUCUGAUCAAAAAAGCAAUCCCUGACCACCAAAGGUCAUUGAAUAGAAAUCUGCUUUCAAAAAGACAAAUUGAGCAACACAUUUUUCAUAACAAAGACUAACGCUGGAAAAGUAAAUGUCCUCAGAUGUUGUCAGAAACAUAUAAUUAAAACACAAACACAUAAAAUGUUUUUCUUCAUUUGUAGCUCAAAUAAUUUAAUAUAUUAACCUGAACCAAAGACAGGAUGAUGAUGAUAAUGAUGAUGAUGGUGAUGAUGAUGAGCCAGUCUAAAGAUAAAUCUUGGAUGCUGUGCAUCCUGGACAAGAGUGAAUAAUAGACCACCUCCUAGCACAUUAUUGGAGCAGUCAUGGUGAUUUGCUGGAGAUAUGAAUAUUCAUGAAUAUCUCAAACACACCUUUACCUAGCUUCUAGUGUCAGCCAGUCAGUCAUCAUCAAAUCAAGUCCUGGUGCUCUGAUUCCCAGCUCAUAGGGGAAAUGGUUUUCAGGUGUUAAAUGUUCAAAAAUUAUUGAAUCUAUUUGUAGUUUUUAGUUUUUCUUUCUUUUUUCCAAAAGUACUUUGUCAUUUUAUUGUAGUGGUAAUUUUUCUGGUGAGUGUAUUUGUAGUAACUUGUUUGAUAUAAAAACGGGUGUAUUUUGGCUGAUUUAACAGCUUUGAUUGGUGGCCUGAUGCUGUCAUUCCAUUUCUCAAUCAGUACCAAAAAGAAUGCAAUAUGCCAGGAUGGCAGUCGGCAUUAUUUUGGUUUCACUUUUGCAUAGCAAAGGGAAGUAGUGAUGCAUUGUCCAUUUUUAUAUGCAGUCUAUGGUAAAAACUGAGAGUUUGUUGUUGCAUAUGUAUAAAUCACAUAUGCAAAUAAUUUUUACUGUUUGAGAUAAAAUUGAUCAUUUACAAAUAAAAUAAGAUGG